AGCACACAAUCACUUCCCUCAAAUCUUGUUAACAUGGGACCCGAAAAUUUAGGCGUGUUCAUAGUUUGUCUAUUUUACUUUUCUCCUCAAUUCACACUCACUCAUAUAUAUUCACCACUUCUCUUGUUAAAUCUUCGCCAAAGUUCUAACCUUUUUCCAAACCCCAUCAGAUCUUGAUCUCACCAUGCCAAAAUCCCUCAUCUAUUUCUCUCUCACCCUUCUCCUAUUACUCACUUUCAAUCUUGUUACACAAUGUUCCGAAGUGGAUGACGAGUUUGACGAACUCUUAGCAUUAGACGAUGCAUUAGAGCGUGAAACGGAAGCUAAUGGUGUGAAAUCAUCUGAAGCAGAGGUUUUAACCAAAGCUCAAAGGAUCGUUCAUGAGCUUAACAAUGAUAACACGGAGAGAAUUGUUAAUGGGUAUGACUUUGUUCUUGUUUUGGGUUAUGCACCUUGGUGUUCAAGAAGUGCUGAACUUAUGCCCCAUUUUGCUGAGGCUGCUAAUUCUUUGAAGGAGUUUGGAAGUUCUCUUGUUUUGGCUAAGGUGGAUGCUGAUAGGUAUCCUAAAUCAGCUUCUUUUCUUGGGAUCAAAGGGUUCCCUACUUUGCUUCUCUUUGUUAAUGGCACCUCUCAACCUUACUCUGGCGGUUUCACAGCUGAUGAUAUAGUCAUAUGGGCAAGAAAAAGGACCGGUACGCCUGUUAUUCGGAUAGGUACGGAGAAAGAAGCCGAGGAAUUUCUAAAAAACUAUCACACUUUUCUCAUUGGCCGGUUUGAUAAAUUUGAGGGCCCUGAAUACGACGAAUUUGUGAGUGCUGCAAAGUCCGAUAAUGAAACUCAAUUUGUUGAAGUGAGUAAGGUGGAGCUUGCCCGAGUUCUUUAUCCGGAUAUAAGGCCUACUGAUAACUUUCUUGGGAUUGUUAAGAGCGAACCUGAAAGAUACACCGCAUAUGAUGGAGCUUUCACGUCGGAUAAAAUAAUCGAGUUUUUAGGCUACAACAAAUUUCCAUUAGUUACAAAAAUGACGGAAAUGAAUUCUGUCAGAGUCUACUCCAGCCCAAUCAAGCACCAGGUUUUUGUCUUUGCAAAUAACGACGACUUCAAGAAUCUUCUUGAUCCACUUCAAGAAGUAGCAAGAACUUUCAAGUCGAAGAUAAUGUUUAUAUAUGUUGAUAUUAAGAACGAGGACCUUGCAAAGCCCUUCUUGACGAUGUUUGGACUUGAAGAUUCAACAAAUACUGUGGUAGCUGCAUUUGAUAAAGGAAUGACCUCAAAGUUUUUGUUGGAGUCGAAACCAACACGAAGCAAUAUUGAAGAGUUCUGCAAUAAUCUUGUGCAAGGUUCUUUGACAACUUACUUCAAGUCGCAGCCGAUACCAGAUAAUACUGAAGCUAGUGUCCAAGUUGUUGUCGGGAAAACAUUUGACGACGAAAUUUUGAACAGCGAGAAGGAUGUGAUUUUAGAGGUAUUCACACCUUGGUGUUUCAACUGUGAGGACACGAGCAAGCAAGUAGAGAAGUUGGCAAAGCACUACAAAGGAUCGAGUAAUCUAAUAUUUUCGAGGAUAGAUGCUUCAGCAAAUGAACAUCCAAAACUGCAAGUGAAUGACUUUCCGACACUUUUACUUUACAAAGCAAAUGAUAAGGCGAAUCCGAUCAAGCUUCCUACAAAAGCUAGUUUGAAAGAAUUGGCCGCGUCGAUCAACAAACACAUAAAAGUCAAGAAUGAAGUAGCCAAAGAUGAGCUAUAGAUUAAAUGAAAAUAUUUUGGGAGAAAAGUAGUUAACUUCUAGAAAAGAAACAUUGUGGAAAAUAUAUAAAUUAGGAUAAUUUACUUGAGCAUUUUCAAACUUUGUUCAGUUUCCCCUUCUUUUUUGGGUGAUCCACCAGAUGUAAGUUAGAUUGUUAUCAGAGUUAGUUCACUGCAAAAUGGCAAAUCUUAUAGAAAACAUCCCCUAUAAAAUACAUUCAUACUUGAUUAUCUA